GGCUCCGCACUUCCACUUCCUCGCCGGUGAGGAGGCGGCGCGGCCCGGCGCGGCGGAGACCACCACACCCCACACGGGGAAGAGACUCCGCCUCCACCUCCGCAGCCAUGGCCGCCGCCGCCGCCGAGCCCAAGACCAAGUACGAUCGCCAGCUCAGGAUAUGGGGUGAUCAAGGACAGGCUGCACUGGAGAAGGCUAGCAUAUGCUUGCUUAACUGUGGCCCUACCGGAACUGAGGCGCUGAAGAACCUUGUGCUUGGAGGAAUAGGGAGUGUUACUGUUGUUGAUGGCUCCAAAGUCGAACUGUCGGACCUGGGAAACAAUUUUUUGUUGGAUGAAGGGUGCUUGGGUCAUUCAAGAGCAAAAUCUAUCUGUUCUUUCCUACAAGAGCUCAAUGAUGCUGUGAAAGCCAAAUAUGUUGAGGAGUCUCCAGCGACAAUGAUAGAUACAAAUCCUUCCUUCUUUUCCCAGUUCACUGUUGUCAUUGCUACACAGCUUCCUGAGAGUUCUUUAUUGAAAUUAGAUAGUAUCUGCGGGAGCGCAAAUAUUGUUUUGGUUGCUGCGCGUUCAUAUGGUUUAACUGGCCUUGUCAGGGUCAGCAUCAAGGAGCACUGUGUUAUAGAAUCAAAACCAGACCACUUCUUGGAUGAUUUACGGUUGCACAAUCCCUGGACUGAACUCAAGCAAUUUGCAAAGUCAAUUGAUAUAUGCGACAAGGAUACCGUUGUGCACAAGCAUACUCCAUACAUUGUUAUCCUCGUGAGGCUUGCAGAAAAAUGGGCAGAUGCGCAUGAUGGGCAGUUACCUUCGACCAGGCAAGAGAAAAGGGAAUUUAAGGACCUAAUUCGAGCCCAUAUGCUUAACGUAGAUGAAGACAAUUACAAAGAAGCAGUAGAAUCUUCAUACAAAGUCUCAGUAACUCCAGGAAUCAGUAAUGAAAUCCGUCAGAUAAUUGAUGAUAGCUCCUCUGAAGUCAAUUUUUCUUCUUCAGAUUUUUGGGUUUUAGUGUCUGCUUUGAAGGAAUUUAUCACAAAUGAGGGUAAUGGUGAGCUACCUCUCGAGGGAACAAUACCUGAUAUGACAUCACUUACCGAGUCAGUUUCUUGCGACACUAUCAUCCCUCAGGUUCAAGUUUGUUGGCAUGACUGUUUCUUCUAUUGCAUGAAUUUUGUUAAGUAUUUGCUUUCUGACCAAGCUAAGGCUGAAUCUGAUUGCCUUGCCAUGGAGCAUCGUGUGAAGAGUAUUUUGAAGCGGAUUGGUAGAGAUCCUGAGUCUAUUUCAAGGGCAUAUAUCAAAACAUUUUGCAAAAACACUAGAAAACUCAAAGUCUGCAGAUACCGCAGUAUGGAGGAGGAGUUUAGCUCUCCAGUCCUAUCUAAAGUUCAAAAGUACUUCGCCGACGAAGACAAUUGCUACGCACUGAACUUCUAUGUUCUGCUCCGCGCUGUUGACCGGCUUGCUGCCAGCUAUAGCAGAUUACCUGGAAUAUUCGACAGUGAGAUUGUUGAGGAUGUUCCUAGGCUGAAGGCGGCUGCUGUCUCGGUGCUGAGUGACAUGGGUUUGAAGGGAGCAUCCUUGUCUGAAGACCUGGUUGCUGAAGUGUGCCGUUUUGCGGGUGCAGAGAUUCACCCCGUUGCUGCCUUUAUUGGCGGAGUGGCCUCCCAGGAAGUAAUCAAGCUGGUGACCAAGCAGUUUGUGCCGCUGAAUGGAACGUUCAUGUUCAACGGAAUCGACCUCAAAUCCCAAGUCUUGGCCUUAUAACAUGGCUCGUUAUCUUCUAGAGCAUUUUGGAACGGUCAUCCAAUUGGUUGCAUACUUGAGUAGAACUAGAAGACUCUGCGUCACGGCAUCGGUGCAAUGAGAACAUUAUGUCCAUUUAUUGGGAUUUGGACUGUACUAAAUUUUGCACUGAGGUUGUGUAAUUCGCACAGCGGGUGGUUUAUGUGCCGGUUGGGAAUCAGCUCUCUACCGUUCGUACUUGUUUGCUUCUUGAUGACGAAUCUAGGCACAUCUUUGUGCCCAGCGUACACUUGAAAUAGUUUAUGGAAA